GUCUGUCAUGUUCUCACUAGCUAGUACGGUUCAUUGGCAAAUGAGCUCGCAUGCUUGGGUCAGGUCCCAACAAGGCAGCAACCCCUCACAUGGGUAAUUUAUUUCAUAUGGUCUUCAAGCUGCAAGGGCUGGAUGAGAAAUUUACUGUCCCAACAACCCCUCCUGUGCGUAAUUUAUUUCAUAUGGUCUUCAAGCUGCAAGGACUGAUAAAUUUAUUGUUCCCAACAACCCCUCUUCUGUACUACUAUUGGUUACCUGUCUGCUCCUGUGAAUACAUCUGCGCACAGCUACUCCAUUCGAUCCACACUGAGCAUUUUUCCAGUUCAGCAUUUUUUAUCUCAGAUCCACACAACAGCCAUAGGAGUGAACAGGAGAGGAGAGUUGGAGCAAUGGAGGCGACGGUGCUGAGCGUGGGCAAGUCUGUGGUGAACGGAGCUGUUAGCUAUGCCCAAUCUGCCGUUGCAGAGGAGGUGGCGCUGCAGCUGGGAGUGCAGCGCGACCAGGCCUUCAUCAGGGACGAGCUUGAGAUGAUGCAGUCGUUCCUGAUGGUUGCUCACGACGACCGAGACGACAACAAGGUGGUCAAGACCUGGGUGAAGCAGGUCCGCGACCUGGGCUACGAUGUGGAGGACUGCCUCCAGGACUUCGCCGUUCGCCUCGAGAAGCCGUCCUAUUGGUGGCACAUCCUGAGGACGCUGCUUGACCGGCGUCAUGUGGCCGUGGAGAUGAAGGAUCUCCGAGCCAAGGUCGAGGAUGUCAGCCAGAGGAACCUGCGCUACCACCUCAUCAAGAGCCCUGCCGCUGGCUCAAAGUCCGUGGCCACGGCCGCCGAGCAGUACGCUGCAGGCAGUAAGGCCAGUGCUACAAUGUAUGGCGUCGAUGAAGCGAGGCGAGCAAUGAAGCCCAGGGUAGAUCUUGCGCAACUCAUCAGCAAGGAGCAGGGGAAGGAUCUUAGGGUGAUCGCGGUGUGGGGAACAUGUGGUGUUAUUGGGCAGGUGUCCGUGAUAAGGAAGGUGUAUGAUGAUUCGGAUAAGUUUGAAUGCCGUGCCUGGGUCAAGCUUACGCAUCCUUUCGACCCGAUCAUGUUUAUGCAAAGCAUUAUGAGGCAGUUCUAUGGAUAUUCUUCUAUUUCAGAAUCAGCAGCUGAGGGACAAAGUUGUCCAGAAAGUGCAAGCACUACAGGGGCUGAAGUUCUCAAGAAGAUGCUGAUGAUGAAGCAAAAAGAUCUGGUAGACAAGUUCACUGAGUAUGUGAAUAAGAAGAGUUACCUGAUUGUUCUUAACAACCUGUGUAGCAUUGAAGAUUGGGACUGGAUUAGAACUUACUUUCCUGCCAGCAGCAAUGGAAACCGGAUCAUUGUGGCUACACAACAAGUUGAAGUUGCAAGCUUAUGUGUCGGCAGGAAAUAUCGAGUUUCAGAGCUCAAGCAAUUAUCCGCUGAUCAAACUCUCUAUGUUUUCUACCACAAGAGCCCUCAAGGUGGAUCAGAUUCAAUGGAGCCAGAGUCAAGCUCAAACACAACUGCCAUUGUUACUACUAAUAGAACAAACUCUUUGGUGCCCACAAGUGAGAUACCAGCUGGUGAUCAAGCUAAAGAUGCCACCACUGGACAGAAUGCGGUCAUGAGGAGCCUCAGUCGCAUCCUGUCAAGGACGGCUCUUCUGAAGGAAUCUGAAGUUGUUGGGAGGGUGACAGAAAAAAAUGACAUCCUCCAACUAAUUGUGGAUCCAGUGAACAAAGAAGUUCGGGUUAUCUCUGUGUGGGGAAUGGGUGGUAUCGGGAAAACUGCUCUAGUCAAAGAUAUCUGUGAAAGCCAAGAACUCAGUGGCACAUUUAAGAAACGUGCUUGCGUCACAAUCAUGAGGCCUUUCAAUCAAGUGCAGUUCCUUAGGAGUUUAAUUAUGCAGCUAGUGGUAACAGAAACUUCUGAAGAGAAUGGCACGGUCUGUUCAUUGGGCAGAGUGAGGAAAACAUUGCCAUGGGCGGUUGAAAAGCUGGAGGCUGAGCUGGGAAGUCUUUUGGAAGAAAAGAGGUGGUUGAUUGUUCUCGACGACUUGUCAUCCACCACUGAAUUGGACAUCAUAAUGAAAAGUUUACCUUGUACAGAAAAUGCUAGUCGAAUCAUAGUCACCACAAGAGAAGAGAAUAUUGCCAAUCACUGUUCAAAGAAAGUAGAAAAUGUGUACAAGCUCAAAGGUCUUACUAAGAAGCACGCACUUGUCGUCUUCACAAAAAAGGUAUUCAAGGAAAAUGGAUGUUUGCAUCUGCAGUACCCUGAGUUGGUUGAACAAGCAGAACAAAUCUUGAAAAAGUGCAGUGGCCUUCCUCUUGCAAUAGUCGCCAUAGGCGGCUUCUUGGCAAACCAACCAAAAACUGUCAUGGAGUGGAGAAAACUGAAUGAGAAUCUUAGUAGUGAGUUGGAAAUGAAUACAGAGCUUGACACCAUAAGAACAGUGCUUCUCAAAAGCUAUGAUGGUUUACCCUAUCAUCUCAAGGCUUGUUUCUUGUAUCUGGCAAUAUUUCCUGAAGGCUACAAGAUUAGUCUAACACGUUUGGUGCGGCGUUGGAUCGCUGAGGGUUACUCGAGACCAGUGCGCGGCAAGUCUUCCUCUGAAAUAGCAGAAAGCUACUUCAUGGACCUCAUAAGCAGGAGCAUGAUCCUGCCAUCCCGGAGUUCAAGCCAUAGUAGAAAAGUGGUUGACUCUUGCCAACUCCAUGAUGUUAUUCGUGAAAUUGGCAUCUCAAAGUCAAUGGAGGAAAAUCUUGUUUUCAGAUUGGAGGAAGGUUGUACCUUAAACAGCCAGGGCACAAUACGUCACCUCUCUGUAAGCAAUAACUGGGACGGAGAUGAGAGUGAAUUUGAGAGUACAGUUGACUUGUCUCGAGUCAGAUCCAUAACAAUUUUUGGGAAGUGGAGGCCAUUCUUCAUUUCUGACAAGAUGAGGUUGCUUCGGGUGCUGGACUUGGAAAGCACUUCAGGUCUGGUUGAUCAUCAUCUUGAGCACAUUGGGAAGCUUUUCCACCUGAGAUACCUUUCCCUGAGAGGAUGUCAUGGAAUUUACCACCUGCCAGGUUCUUUGGGUAACCUGAGGCAGCUCCAAACACUAGAUGUCACAGGCACAAACAUAAUCAAGCUGCCAAAGAACAUCAUCAAGCUCAGGAAGCUACAGCACGUUCAUGCCAGGGGCGUCGGGAACAACGAUGAUUCUGUCUAUCAAGAGUAUCCAAAUGAGGUCCCGAAGCUGACGAGGAACAAGCUAUGCAUCCUGACCUGCUCCUCGGUGGGGUUCUGCGUGGCAUGCUGCGCGCCACACCUCCUGAAGGGUUGCAUGGGCAUUGAUGGGGACACAAACAGGCGCGACGUCUGCACUGCAUGCUGCUGCUCCUUUCUGCCGAUGCUGGCGACUCGCCGGUGCUCACGCGGCGUUGAGAUGCCCAGAGGGAUCCACAGGUUCAAAGCUUUGCAGACACUGGGUGUCGUGAACGUCUCAAGGAGGAAGGCCACCCUGCGAGAGUUGGCUAGUCUCACCGGGCUGCGCAAGCUGGGAGUGACUGGCGUGGACGAGAGCAACGCGGGAGAGCUAUGUUCAGCACUGGCUAACCUCAGCAGCCUAGAGACGCUGCUGGUGCAGUCGGAGGGUAAGCCGGGUUUAUCUGGCUGCUUGGAUGGCCUCUCCUCACCUCCGGAAAACCUAGUGAGUCUGAAGCUGUAUGGCAACCUGGUCAAAUUGCCGGCAUGGAUCAACGGUGGUUGGCUAAAAAAUCUGGCCAAGCUCAAGCUGCGGACUUCCAGGAUAGAGGACCAUGAUGCCGCCAUACAAGUCUUUGGGAGUCUACCGAACCUAGCCAUCCUGCGUCUACGGAAAGAGUCGUUCGAGGGCAAAGAGGUCCAUCUUCAUUUCCAGCAGGGUGCAUUCCAGACCCUAAUGGUGCUGGAGCUGAGUUCCCCGGGUAAUCUCAAAUCUGUGCGUUUUGACAAGGGAGCAGCCCCUAAGCUUGAGCUGCUGCAGUAUUACGAUCAGCCCAAGGAAGAAGUCGUUUCGGAAGAAAAUGGCGAUCAGUUUGAGGAAGCCCCCGGUGUUUCGUUUUCUGGGCUAGCAUUUCUGGGAAGCCUCAAGGAAGUUCUGCUCGAGGGUGGCAACUACAAGGGCGAUUUCGUGCAAAAUUUGCGCUCCCAGCUUGAGUUGAAUCUGAAACGGCCUGUUCUCAAGAUGGACUAACCUGGCUUCCGGAAGGCGUAUGAUGUUUCUGCUGCUGCUCACUUGUUUUGAACUGCCAACCUGCUACUGAACUGUUUUGAAUUUUUUUUAUUUGAUUAUAUAAGAAAAAGGUCUACUUAACUCCUCCCAACUAUUUGUCCAGGACACUUCAAUUGUACCAUUAAAUAGUUUUAACAAUGGUGUUGCUCAUAUGGGUACUGGUAUAGACAUUGCAUACAAUGUUCUGCUUGC